AUGUUACCGCCAGUACCAUCUCCCGCCGACUAUGGCAUUGCUCCCGGCUAUGGGUUCCUUCCCGCGGAGCUGCCCCUAGAGAUCCUCCCAGAUCCUUACUACGCUAAAUGGGAGAAGGUUGUUCAGAACCUCCAGGCACUGGUCUUGAGCAAAGGUCUGCGAUCGAUGGUGGAUCGUUUGCCCAUACUCUCCACCUGCCACCUCCAGACCGAUGCCGAGUGGCGUCGUGCCUAUGUCGUACUUGUAUUCAUCUUGCAUGGUUAUGUGUGGAGUGGCAACCAACCAGAAGAGGUAUUCACUCGUCCCAUCGUACCCCUGUUCGAAGUCUGCGAGCGACUCGAAGUACCCCCCGUCGCAACCUAUGCCGGGGUGUGUCUUUGGAACUACAGGCCCAUCUUCCCCGACCAGCCAGCCGAUACCCUGGAUAAUCUGGCAUGCCUACAGACCUUCACUGGGUCUCUAGACGAGCAAUGGUUCUUCUUGGUCUCUGUCGCCAUGGAGGCACGCGGAGCCGAUGCCAUCCCCCUCAUGACCGAGGCCAUCACUGCAGCCCGCCAAGGCGACAGCCUCACCGUUACCGCGCGUCUACAGUGUUUGGCCCAAAUCAUUGAUGAUACCAGCUCGUUGCUGCAGAGGAUGUACGAGAACUGCGAUCCCUACGUUUUUUAUAAUCGCAUCCGCCCUUACCUGGCUGGAAGCAAGAACAUGUCUGACGCAGGCCUGCCAAACGGUCUCUUAUACGACGACGGUCACAACCCGGAAUAUCGUCAGUAUGGCGGCGGUAGCAACGCACAGAGCUCACUCAUCCAAUUCUUCGAUAUCGUCCUUGGUAUCGAACACAGACCUACUGGUACUAGCCGCGAUGACAAGGAUAAACCUGACACCAAAUCACGUAACAACUUCAUCCGCGACAUGCGCAAAUAUAUGCCAGGUCCUCACAGGCGCUUCCUGGAAGAUAUAGAGUCCGUGUCGAAUAUCAGAGCCUUCGUCGAAGCACGCAAGUCCGACUCCGCCCUCUGCAUUGCCUACGACGCAUGUCUUGCCAUGCUCCGCGUCUUGCGCGACAAGCAUAUAACCAUGGUAUCUCGCUACAUUAUUGUCCAAUCGCGCGCGAAACCCAAUACCGGACGCACGAAUCUGGCGACUGCCACGAGCGAGAAGAAGAAAAUGCGCGGUACAGGAGGCACCGCAUUGAUUCCUUUCCUCAAGCAGGCGCGCGAUGAGACCUGUGAGCCGGCUAUCGACGCGUGGGCUCGGAGACUGCUAAGUAACCCCGCCGAUAAGGCCUUUGCCUCGUUGAGUAAAGUUGGCGAACAACCUGAUGGUCAUCUUGAGGUUGUUGGUCUUUGUGGCACCUGGACUGCUGAGGAGAGUGAGGGGGGGAUUUGCCAUUGGUGA